AAUAAAACAUGACCUUAUCCCGACAAACAGGCAGAACGCAAUACAAGGCGUGACGUCAUAACGCGAGGUUUUGUCAGUCAGGUGCACGCUGACGUCAUCACGGCGCAAGAAAGUAAAGGAGGAGCGAGAGCGUAGGUGACUCUCCGCGGUCCGCUUCAUCUCGGGCGGCUGUGGGAAAUCCGUGACAGAAGUUGUUUCGUUCCUCGUGAAAUGCAGCGGUUCGCUGGGGAAAGGGAGUAGAGCGCAGACAUCCUCCACGGAGCGCUGCUUCUGUCAGGCGUAGGAUGGGACCGACUUGGACCGACAAAUACAACUCGAUACUUUUCACACUGGAAUUGGUUUCACUGUUGCAGGCAGCAUGUGCUGGAGGAACAUGCGAAAACGUAUUUAAAGGUUUCUCUGACUGCCUGCUCAGCCUUGGAGAAAACAUGGUGAGCUAUCCCCAAGAGCUGGAUGACAGCGAAAACCUACAGACCAUCUGCUCAUAUUGGAAUGACUUCCACUCGUGUGCCUCCACCGCAAUCGCGGAUUGUCAAGAAGGAGCAACAGACCUCUGGGAGAAAUUGAAGCUGCAGUCCCGGAGCUUGAACUAUCAGGGAAGCUUGUUUGAAUUAUGCUCCGGGGAUAAUGGAGUAUCCAGAGUAUUAUUACCAAUGGAACUGAAGAUACUGAUGAUGUGUUUUACCGCACUGGUGGCUUGGUUUGCUUUUGAGUAAUAAAUCUGAAGAUCUGACCCGAAACAAGUUACAGAACGGAUAACACGCAUCCCUGUUUCUGUAAAUGUUUGGAUUCACGUGAUAUGAUGAUGAUUAUGCUAAAUAAUAGGACUUAUUGGCGCUCGUUGACCUUUGGAAGAACUCACAAGUAACUCUAAAAAUGGCUUACCAAAAUUUGAAAAUGAUUUAAGAUAUUAUAUUAUAAUAUAUAAUACUGUAUUAUAUGAAAACAUAUUAUUCACAUAUUAUAUUAGGUAAAAACUCAAUAAUUCUGCAAUGAGGACCUAGUUUUAUUAUUAUUAUUAAUAGCACACUUUAAAUACAUGUUAUUUUCUGAUAGCACAUAUUUAACAUCACAGAUCUGCCCAAAAAAACUGUUUAUUUUAAUACAGUAUAAGAUAACGACGUUUACUUGUAAAUGUAUACUUAUAAACUAAAAAGGCAUUUGGCCAAACUUUAGAAAAGUGUCUUAUCUUUUGCUGAAACUCAAACAAACAUGACUCAAAUAAAUCAAAUAUUUGAAUAAAA